UUACAAAAACACUGUUAAUUACCUAAUUUUGCUGGUGUGUGUUUAAGUUUUGGCUCGGGUUACCCAGGCAGUGAUGGGAGAGACGCACAGUCUAUACACACACACACACACACACACACACACACACACACACACACACACACACACACUGCUGCUUUGUUCUCCUGCUAUACAUCCACAUUCCAUUGCACCCCAUAGGAACAGUAAGGGGAUUUUCCCCUCAUCACUAAAUAGACUCCACUCUCUGUCUCCUCCACCCGCUGCUCUGUGGAUUUUAAACAUUAAUCAGUUUGUCUGCGUUUUGCAAUGUGAACUUUUGCAUGAUUUUUUUUUUUUUAAUUUUUUUUUUUAACGGCUGCAAAAAAUCCUGUAUAUCCCAAAUAUUAACUGUCGUCGUGCGUAAUGACUUUUUUAAAUUGUAAUGUGUGUUGAUUAAAGCGGUUUAUUUACUUUGGCUGGUUGUGUGUGUUUGUUCCCUGCAGUGAAGUUUAACUGCUUGGUCAUAUGUGUGUGAAGCAACACCAGAGGUUUUAUAAGAGGAGGAAGAUAGAGGCCCCCCCCACCCCCCAUCUCUUUUCUUUAGCAGUGUUGUUUCCCUGUCAUCACAAAGCCUUGCUCCCCUUGUGGGUGUUUCCUUUAACUUUAAGAGAAGGGGGGGGAAAUGUAAAUUGUGGAAAAGAGGUGUAAAGUUUUUGUGGCCCCAGCUGUUCCUGUGAUGUCACAGGCGGAGGGGGGGUGUUACUCUUCACAGUGAUAUAUGAGCCUCCUCCCGUGGGGCCGUGGGGCGGGGACACUGAUGUAAACACAUUUAAAAGGGGCUCAGUCCCUGUUGGGUCUCAGUGUGGAGGAGCUGCUUUAACCGACUACGCGUGCUGCUGAUGUGAUUAACCCUGCUGCACUCGAGGGGUCUGCGCUGAGCUCCUGGAUUUAAACUCUACAGCUGGUCCACCUCUCUGAUUGUACUUUUCCUGUUUUUUUUAUUAUUCUCAGAUUCUGCAAACAUGUUGCAAAGCUUCGCUCAGUCGCAGGACUGGCUUUACACAGAGCCGCUGCUCUUUGACGACGAGUUCUGCCAGAGUUUGAUGAAGGACCUCCAGUCUCUGCCGACUCCCCCCCAGUCCCCUCCCAUGAAGGCCGGAGUGGGCAGCAGCAAGCCCCUGUCCAAGGAGGACCAGCUGAGCUAUGUGUCGGACAUCCUGCUGGAGGACCACGACAUGCAGCUCACCUGGAACUGCGACUUCUUCCACUCCGAUGCUGGAGAGAAGGAGGGCGAGACGAGCCAGCCCUGCUCCCCUCUGGAGGAGAACAACGAGGACUGCCUGUGGCAGUGCCUGACAGCAGACAAGAGCCUGGAGGAGAAGCUGGUCUCCACCGUGCUCGGCUCCAGCCCCCUGCUGUCUGACAUCGACACCAGCAUCUUUGAGGAGAUAGCUGGCUCCACACUGGACUGCCAGAACCUGAUGGACGCUCAGGAGCCCAGCGAGGCCACAUCGGACUACGGAUCAACUGGUGGCGAGCUGUCCAAUUAUUCAUCCAGUGACUCUGAAGAAGAGAUUGACGUGGUGACGGUCGUCCGCUGUUCCUCCAGCCCCUCCCCUCGGCCCCCAUUGGCGGAGCUAUCUACCCGCCAUCAGAGGCACGAAGAGGAGAAACGGGCUCUUCAACGCCACCAUAUUGAGAUCCAGCUGCAACAUAACUACGCUGCGCCCUGCCCCGCCUCACCGCCCCCAUCCUCUUCGUCCUCGUCCAACAAGCGCUCGAGAGGGAGCGAAAGCUCUUCGCGUUUCCACCACUCUUCUCGCAGCUCCUCCUCAUCGUCGUCCUCGUCGCGGUACCAACACCACCACUCGCCCAGGAACUCAGCGGAGACUGAGGACGAGGAGGAGCGGCGACGGACUCACAACGUGAUGGAGAGGCAGCGACGCAACGAGCUCAAGAACUGCUUCAUGCGCCUGCGCGACAACGUGCCGGAGCUGUCGCACAAUGACAAGGCCUCCAAGGUCGUGAUCCUGAAGAAGGCCAGAGACUGUAUCUACAACCUGGAGGACCAGGGCCACAGGCUGCAAUCCAAGAGGGACAAACUGAGAGACAAACAGGAAGAGCUAAAAGCCAGGCUGGAAAGGCUCCACAGCUAAUGGACCAUGGGCAGACCACCAUUUACAGACAGUGUGUGUGGGGAGGGGGGGGAACAGACUUUGUACAAAGAGGGCGGCGAUAAAGGAGGGCGUGUCAUGCUGAAAAGAGCGCACAAAGUUUCACAUUUCAAAUACUUUAUGGCAACAAUGGGUCCGGGCUGUGUGGACCCACUGUUGCCUUGGACAGACGCAACACACUCAUUGCCUCAGAGUUGAUCAUUCUCAUGCCUUGACUGCUGACUGUUGUAGAACGUAGGAUGGGUUUUUCUUUCUCUUAAAGCCGAAACGAGGAAAGAGCAAGCAGAUAUUUUAUUUUUUUAAGUGUGGCUGGACGCACGCUGAAAGGCAAAGAUGAAAUCUUUUCUAAUCGUGUCCGUAUGUUGUGGAGUGUUUUUUACUUUGGCAGGUGUAAGAUGGCACAAGUGAUAAGUGUCUGUUGGGUCAAAUAACUGGAAGCCACAGCAGCUGAGUAGUUGAAUGAAACUUGAAUAUUGUGUUUUCAGGAUGUCUUAUAGCCAUACUAACCAGUGAUCCCUCCACUCUAACCGGUGUGUGUGUUGGUGGCUCCGGAGUUAUUUGGUCGACCGUCACUUCCACUUAAAUUCCAGUUCUAAUGCUAAUUCAAUUUUUCCGUUCAGGAAUGAGGUUGUUCAGUGUGCGUUCAGCCCUGUCUGGCCUCAGGCGGACCCUUGGGCCCAACACCACUCUGUUAUCAGGUUAAUGUGUGUUAAUGACUAUCCUGUAGUGACCAGGUUUGAUACUGUACACAUAACAAUGCACAGCAUCGGUUCAGUUCACCAACAGUUCACUCACCUCAGCGUGCGCGUGUGUGUUCUCUCGAAAUGGAACUAGGUUUUUGUAUUUAACUGUUUGUCAAUAAUGAAUUGUUCAGACUUGGACUUAGCCAUAUUUAAACUUCAUUCAGGUUUUGAGGCGGCUGAACCGGAACGUGAACUGAACCGCGAAUCGUGCCGUCGUAGCAAAUUAGCCAAAGUUGGGACAGAACAGCUCUAUAUAACAUUUUGAUUCGUGCUCGUCUGACCGUGUCCUGGCUGAUUAUUUAAUGGUUCUGAUUGGGGGACGCUGCAACAGCGGCAAUACUGUGACAUUUAGUUGUGUAGAGUAGCCAUUUUGCCAAGUGUCAGUUAAUAAAAAAAACCGGUCAAGAUUUUUUAUCUUUUAUACAACCAUUAUCCAGUGGAAAUGGAUUCGAUGUUCUUCUGUGGCCCUCGUUGAUGACAACUGCUGGAAAUUAAAAAUAUUUUGAGAUUGUGUCUCCAUCUGUGAUCAUGAGAAUAUCGAGGUUUACAGGGAAAGAGAUUUUCUGUCCACUGCAAGACCUCCUUUGAACCCGGUGUUACAUCAGCGGGGGCCACUGACUUUGACCAACAUUCCCCUGUUGUUCAAUUUGGACGACCUCCAAUGGCGCCACUUUGUGCCCAGUCAAACGUGGCUUUGAUCACAUGGUAACCAAACCGCUGCUGACAGAGUAAUGAUGUCAAGAGGUAAAACAUUAAACUUAAGGCUGUAUGUGUUCACCAGGAACCGGUUGUAUUUGUUUAAUAUCGGGUGUUUUGUUGAACUUGUACCAUGGGCUGGAUCUGAAGUUUGAAAUUUUCAAUAAUGGGGGUUGAAUAUUUAACGGAAUGCCAUUUUAUCCCGAAUAUCAAUUAUUGCCAAUGUUAUCAAUGAACGUGCUGUUUUGUAAUGAAAUGCGCAGGUGGCAAAGUGUUUGCUCAUUUGUGUCAAAUGUCUUAAGAUGCAUCCUGUUUUUAUGAAUAGAGUUCUUCCUCCCCCGGACUGAGUGUACUUGAACAGCUUGGUAGAAAUAAUGAGAAAACAGGUGUUCGUUCAGGACUCUUUGUUUCGGUGAUUUGAUUCUGUCGCUGUCUGGUUAAAACUUUGUCUUCCUCCACCUCAUGGCUUCGCCUUCUUGGCCUUUUUCUUCCAAAUGUCUCCAAUCCUCUUUCAAAAGAUGUCCUCUGACGUUAACUGCCUUCUGAAGAAGCGUCAAGGUUUUAACAAGACAGCAGAUAUAUUUUUUCUUAGCAUCUAUAAACCUACCUCCACCUGGCUGCUGUCUGGCCUGUAUUGUGGUUAUUUUUUAUUUUUUUUGUGGUUUAAAUAUUGUACAGAUUUUGUAAAAUAAAAACUAUUUUAUGUAAAUAUUUUUGUUGUAUCAUAAAUUAUUUUGGUUUAUUUUCCCUUUUAAAUUUUUUAAUUUGAGGAUCCUCAAAGAAAUGUUAUGUUCUUUACCAAGCAGCACUUUUUAAAAAAUGUAAUUAAAGAAUGAAUUGAGA